UCAUUAUUGCUGUUGUUAACGUAUGAAUCCGCCACACAGCACAGCACAACACAACACAACAAACCAAACCCAUCAUCCUUCACGCCAAGUAAACGAUUCCUUUCCUCUCUCUUUCUCUCUAUCUCUAAGCAACCGCACGUAAUUCGGGCCGAACUUGACCCGGUUCAGGACCCGUUUCAUGCAAGCACUGAUUUCACUACUUUUAGCUCGUUGAAAACAACAACUGUCAAGUACUGAAAGGUAAAUCGACCCUUUUACUAGAUAAUCAAACCAACGUCAAAAAGAUCGUUUUUUUCUACUUGGGUAUUGGUUUUCGAGCUGAAAAAAAUGGUGGGUUUGUUUUCAAGAUUCUCAGUUGGAAGGAAUAUCCACCGACGGACGCAAAGUGCCCUGGAUGAGAGGGAAGUGCUGCCUGCAAACUCAGAGGCUGCUGCUUCUGUAGCUGCAAGUGCUGCCACUGCCACUUCUCAUGGAAUUGAAGUGGCUGUGGAGUUUAAGCCAGUUGAACACCCUGUUGAACCUCUUGAUAAUGAUCGACCAAUUCAGUGUCCAUUACCAGAACCAUCUAUUCUUAAUGAUGGAAGAAUAUGGAAAGAACGAGCAUCGGCUACGGUGCGUCGAAGAGGCGACCUGCCAGUAAUGAAGGAAGAAGGAGGAGCCCUUGAGUCCGGAGGUGCUGGGACUAGACCACGAAGAUCACACUCCAAUCGAAUGAUCCUACCGUCUCUUAGUGCUCCCGAGCAUAACCUUCUAAAACUUCUUGAAGAGUCAGGCAUCUAAGCUGGUAUUGUUUUUAAUGUGGUAUUUUGGUGUCAUAAAGUUACAGUGUUCAUUUUUUGUCAUCCUUUAUUACUAGCUCAAUGCUAUAUACCCCCCAAUAUGCGUGUGUAUAUUCAUAUGUAUACUGAUUGAAAAAAAGGUUCACUUUUACUCGCUGUUUUAUAUGACGACUCGAGUAAUAUAAUUUGAAUUUCUACUUUUGGUCUACUGUUAA